CCCCGUUGAGGAGACCAAUGGCAGGAGCGGCGAGGCGGGGCUUAGGGCAGAGCCCAAGUCGGAGUCAGUGGGCUCAACUUGGUUCGCGCGCCGCGACGGCGGCACAGAGAGAAAGAGAGUGCGAGAGGCGCGGGAGGAGCGAGCCUGGCGGCACCGGUGCCCACCCGGCGGCGGCGGCGGUUCCCGCUCUCCUCGCAACGCUUCCUUAGCUGGGCAGGGGGAGAAGCCCGCGGCGGGGCAGGAAGUAUUUGGCUAUGGAGGUGAAACCAUGAAGAAACAGCCGAAAGAAUAAUAAUGUUUUUCCGAAAUCGUUUUCUGUUCUUGUUGGCCUUGGCAGCCUUAUUAGCCUUUCUGAGCCUUAGUCUUCAAUUCUUACACUUGAUUCCUGUUAACCCAGUUAAAGAAGAUGGGAUGAAUUCCAAGAAUCGAAAGAGAAUAAUGCCUGAUCCACUGACAGAGCCACCAUACAUAGAUCCUGUUUAUGAAGCACAGUUUUAUUGUAAUAUACCAAGAAUACCUGAACGCAGCAUGGAAGGUCAUGCACCUCAUUAUUUUAAACUUGUGUCUGUUCAUGUGCUGAUUCGCCAUGGGGAUCGAUACCCUCUUUAUUCCAUUCCCAAAACGAAAAGGCCAGACAUUGACUGUACGCUAGUGCCGAACAGAAAGCCUUCCCAUCCUCUGCUUGAAGCUUUUAUUAGCCAUAUGUCUAGAGGAUCAGAAGCUCAAAUGGAUGGCACUCUGAGCAGCAUGCCUCGUUACCCCAGCCAUUCACUGUGUGAAAUGGGAGAGCUUACGCAGACAGGGAUUGUGCAGCAUUUGCGAAAUGGGCAGCUACUACGGGAUAUUUAUAUAAAGAAACAUAAUUUAGUACCGAAUGACUGGACAGCAAAACACCUGUAUUUGGAAACAACUGGAAAAAGUCGAACACUACAGAGUGGACUGGCAUUACUCUAUUCCUUCCUACCAGAAUUUGAUUGGAAGAAAAUUAACUUCAGGCACCAAUGGAGCACAAUUUUUUGUUCUGGAAAUUGUGAUUGCCCAAUAAGAAAUCAUUACCUAGAAGAAGAACAGCGUCGUCAGUAUAGCCUACGGGUGAAAAACAUCCAUUUGGAGAGAACUUAUGCAGAAAUGGCAAGGAUAGUAGGCAUACCCACAAGGCAGUUAAGGGCUUCUAAUCCUAUAGAUUCCAUGUUGUGCUAUUUUUGCCAUAAUGUCAGUUUCCCAUGUACUAAGAAUGGCUGCAUUGACAUUGAGCACUUUAAAGUAAUUAAGACACAUCAACUUGAAGAUGAAAAAGAGAGGCAGGAGAAGAAAUACUACUAUCUGUAUUCACUACUGGCCAUUCACCCGAUCCUUAACCAGACUGUUAAUCGCAUGCAGCGCAUUGUAGAAGGCAAAAGAGAAGAGUUAUUUGUGCUUUACUCUGCUCAUGAUGUUACCUUGUCUCCUGUUCUCAGUGCUUUAGGCAUUACUGAGGCCAGGUUUCCAAGAUUUGCAGCCAGACUAGUCUUUGAGUUGUGGAAAGAUGGAAAGAAAUAUAAUGAACACUUCAUUCGCAUUCUUUAUAAUGGUGUUGAUGUCACAUUCCAGACUUCCUUCUGCCGGGAUCAUAACAAACGUUACAACAAGCCAAUGUGCCCUUUAGAAAAAUUUGUUCGUUUUGUUAAGCAGGACAUGUUUUCACCUUUUAAUAGCACCAGUUAUUACGAUGCAUGUCGCAGGAGAGCGUUCUAAACUAGGGUGGAAUAAAGUGUUACAUGUUGUAGUGUCAAAGGCAGUCUUGAAGGAAAUUUGGCACUGUCAAAUCUUAGUGUGCCUAAGUGCAAAUGAAUAUAGCUUGAAAUUUACUUUUGCCAAAACCCAUUCUAGAUUGGUUUAAAAAGGGAAUAUGUCACAAGUGUAUAAUGUCUGUCAGUUAUAGCAAGAACUAUGCCCUUUGUGCUCAAGUACAUUUGUCUCUUAGCUGCUGUAAAAUGGAUAUUGCUUGAAGAACUGAAUACGUAUAUUCUAGUUCGUUGGUAUUCGACUGCAAAGGCUGUCACAGUAAAACAGUUUCCAUACUUGUAAUAAUUGAAAGUAUUUCUUCAUUCUACAAAUCCAUUCUUAUGACCUAGAUAAUGCAUUGCCAAUGUGAGAAUCCUUUUUAUUUGGAUACGAGUGAACUAUAGGCAGAUUCUCUUUUUUUUGAGAUGCGUGGAUGGAAAUGCUCUUUCAAACAUUGCUCUGGAUCACUUGAACUGUAACUACUAUGAAAAAAAACAAUACAAAGACCACCUCAUAUAUGGAAUAAAUGGUAAGAUUUCUGCUGAAAACUGUUGCUGCAUGCUGAGACCAGCAAUGUUUGCAAAUGACUGCUUGUAUGGAUUGGCUGAAAAUGUGGGAAAUUUCUAUGCCAGUGAAUUCCAGGGAAGCAGCAACAUUGUCAGAAAUACUUAUCAGUGCUGGCCGAUAACACAUGGGAAGCCAUUUACAAACAUUACAGCCCUCUUGUGGAUCCUCCCCAGCAUGUGGAAGUGGUUUUUGGCAGGAAUCCAACCACCAUAUUGUAUACAAAGCAACCCCUAAGGUACAUUGAAAGAAAAGUUUCGUUCUUUGCACUUUUAGCACUUUAUGUGUACUUUGAACACAAAUUACAAGUUUUGUGCCAGAUGCUAGAAAAAGAUUCACUAGUAAAUGUGAACUAGUUAGAUGGGAAUUGGGGAGAACUUUUAAAUCAGACUUUUAAUACCCUUCUAGGAUCAUUCUGUUUACCUAAGUGUUCAAACCAGUUGUGCUGUGAUUGAAAAGAAAUGUGUUUAGCAGUUUGUUGUAAUGGCUGUAUGUGGCCAAAACAGAAUUAAUGCUUAAUUUUGUAGUCCAUUUAGUACUUUUAUAGACUAGGGAGACAUUUUAUAACCUCCAUCUUGUUUUUUACUGUACGGUGAGUGUACUUCGGUGUACUAAAUGUUUUUUACCUUCUUUGUAAAGAAAUGCCAAAAGCUGUUUUCAAACACUUCUUUAAUCUGGUAAAUAGAUUUUUGAAUAAGUUGUAUUAGGAAACAUUUUACCUUGAUAAAGUAUUAAUGCAUGUUAACUCCAUUUUUAGAUGUUGUCCUCCUGGGAUUUUUAGACCUACCUAGGAGGAAAAAAGCAUUUUGGGAAAGCAUUUUGUUAGUAUUGGAAUGCUAAAUUUUAUAAUGUUGGAGUUUUUAACCUUCCCAGAGUCAUACUUUACUGUGUGAUUUGUGUUGAAACCGUACUAGCAAUUCAAAGGAAUUUUAAUUUGUGAUUGGGAUACCAGCCCUCUUUUGUAACUGUCAUUUGAAUGUUUCUAUAAUAAAGUUUUGAGGAAA